AUAAUGGCUUCCGACACGUGAGUGGUUUGCUUUCCAAAUGCUCAAAGUUCAUUCUAUGCAUUUGGGCUCUGACACGAAGAAUUGGGUUGACUGGGGGCUGGACAGGGAUCUAUUUCGGGGAAGAGGCUCCAACAUCCCGAGCAGGAUCCAGGUCGUCCAGAAGUUCCGACAUAUGGGCCAGCUAUAGUCCUGAAUUUCCAGCGAUUUUAUGGCAGGCGGCUGGACAGGGAUCUGUUUCGGGGAAGAAGUGUACAACAUCCCGAGCAGGACCCAGGUCGUUCAGAAGUUCCGACAUCUGGGCCAGCUAUAGUGCUGAUUUUCCAGCAAUUUUAUGGCAGGCGGCUGGACAGGGAUCUGUUUCGGGGAAGAAGGCUCCAACAUCCCCAGCAGGAUCCAGGUCGUCCGGAAGUUCCGAGAUCUGGGCAUCACCCGCGUCCGCCUCUACCACACUUACCAGGGCACGCUCCAGGCUUUCUCCAACAGCGGCAUUCAGCUCACCGUGGGCAUAACGAACGCAGAUAUCCUCAGGGCCUUAUCAAGUGUGAACUCUGCCAAAAGGUGGGUCGAUCGCAACAUCGUCCCUUAUGGCUCCAGUAACAUCGUCGCUGUUACGGUGGGAACCGAAGUCUUUACUUCGCCGGCGGACAAUUUGAAAAACGCACUGCUGCCUUCGAUGAAGAAUCUGAGAGAGGCGCUGAAUCUGGCAGCUAAGAGUGGGAUCAAGGUCACAACAGCUCACUCUUUCGACGUCGUCACGAACAUCUUCCCCCCAUCUAGCGGCCAGUUCGCUGACACCGGAAGGAUGCAGCCCUUGGUGAACUGGCUGGCCAGGGUAGGAUCCGAUUUUAUCUGCAACAUCUACCCUUACUUCACGUACAUAAACUCCAAUGGGCAAAUCACGUUGCAAUAUGGCCGUCUUGAAUCUGGUUCUGUCAUAGAUUCAAACAAUGGCAAGAUAUAUACAAAUCUUCUCGCACAGCAGCUGGACGCAGUUUAUGCAGCUCUGGGGAGAUUGGGGCAGGAAGAGAUGCGCGUGGUCCUUGGGGAGAUCGGCUGGCCCACUUCAGGAGGCACUGCCACAGAUACGAACAACGCUCGGAUCCACAACCAAAAUCUGGUGAACUUAUCUAGAGGAGGAACGCCACUCAAGCCCAACUGGGGAAUCCAGACUUACAUUCUUGCAAUGUUCGACGAGAAUCAGAAGGCUGCUGGCUUACAGAAGAGCUGGGGUUUGUACAAUCCGAGAAACUUCCAAGCGAAGUAUACCAUAAACUUCGGAAACUCACCGACCCUUAGCAAUCGCAUCACCCAGGGAAUGAGACUGAGUAGCGGACAGUUUGUCAUGUCCCAAAAUCGAGUCUACAGGUUUAUCAUGCAGGCUGACUGCAACUUGGUCCUGUAUCAAACUGGUGUCGGACCUCUGUGGGACAGCAAUACCAUUGGCAGCGCCUCGGAUUGUUACAUGGAGCUGCAAUCCGAUGGGGACGCUGUAGUGUACGGUGGUGGCGUUGCACGCUGGGCUUCGGGAACUGGCGGGCGUAAUGAUGGAGCUCACCGCAUCGACGUUCAGGACGAUGGCAGCACUGUCAUGUACAACGAAGCAAAUCAAGCCAUUUGGGCUACCAACACAGCAGGCAGUCGCAUCACCCAGGGAACGAGACUGAGUAGCGGACAGUUUGUCAUGUCCAAAAAUCAAGUCUACAAGUUAAUCAUGCAGGCUGACUGCAACUUGGUCCUUUAUCAAACUAAUGUCGGACAUCUUUGGGCCAGCCGUACCGAGGGAAUGGCCUCGGAUGGUUAUAUGGAGCUGCAAUCCGAUGGAAACGCUGUAGUGUUCGGUGGCGGUGUUGUACUCUGGUCUUCGGAUACUUUGGGGCGUAAUGAUGGAGCUCACCGCAUAGACGUUCAAGACGAUGGAAACACUGUCAUGUACAAUGAAGCAAAUCAAGCCAUUUGGGCUACCAACACAGCAGGCAGUCGCAUCACCCAGGGAAUGAGACUGAGUAGCGGACAGUUUGUGGAUUCCAAAAAUCGAGUCUACAGGUUUAUCAUGCAGGCUGACUGCAACUUGGUCCUGUAUCAAACUGGUGUCGGACCUCUGUGGGACAGCAAUACCAUUGGCAGCGCCUCGGAUUGUUACAUGGAGCUGCAAUCCGAUGGGGACGCUGUAGUGUACGGUGGUGGCGUUGCACGCUGGGCUUCGAACACUUGUGGGCGUAAUGAUGGAGCUCAUCACAUCGACGUUCAGGACGAUGGCAACACUGUCAUGUACAAUGAAGCAAAUGAAGCCAUUUGGGCUACCAACACAUCGAGCGGGCGCAUCACCCAGGGAAUGAGACUGAGUAGCGGACAGUUUGUCGAAUCCAGAAAUCGAGUCUACAGGUUUAUCAUGCAGGCUGAUUGCAACUUGGUCCUGUAUCAAACUGGUGUCGGACGUCUGUGGGCCAGCAAUACCGCUGGCAGCGGCUCGGAUGGUCAUAUGGAGCUGCAACACGAUGGAAACGCUGUAGUGUACGUUGGCGGUGUUGAACGCUGGGCUUUACAAGCACCAAGGGACGCACGCUGGGCAUCGAAUACUUGGGCGCGUAAUGAUGGAGCUCACCGCAUCGACAUUCAGGACGAUGGCAACGUUGUCAUGUACAACGCAGCAAAUGAAACCAUUUGGGCUACUAACACAGCAGGGAGAUGAGAGAUUUUUGGAUUUGUCAAAGAAGAGAACAUUUGCGAUCUAUGUCGGUCACUGAAGAACUCCAGUGACCCACAAAAACGAACAUGCCAUGGUCCAUGGAGCUAACUAACUGCAUCAGAUGAGAUUGAGCUUAGAGAUGCAACUUUUCAAGUCAUAUAAAAUCUGGAGAUCACUAUCGACCAUCUAC